UCACUCGGAGUGAAUCAGUUCUCCUGAAGUCAAAGUGUUUCUCUUAUAGCUGAAACGCUGUUUUGUUGCUGUUGGGGGAAAGAAAGAAGAACUCCAACCCCAGGCAGAAAUGGUGACAUUAAUGAAACACAACAUGGAGUGUUGAGUAAAAGAGUGAAAUUCAUUCAAUCCAAGGGCUCAGCGUCUUCAGGAGUCAGCAGUGAGUCCAUGAGCUGUGUGUCCAUACACUAAUAUUCAAAAAUGGAGAGCCAUUAUCUGGACACAGAUAAUGUGACCCCACCCUCAGAAGAGCAUAAACUCCAGAUGAAGAGAUCAGACUCGCCAGAACCCAGCUGUGUCUCCAUGAAGAGUGAGGAGUCUAUGGAUCCUCCUUUCGACCUUAAAAAGGGGAACCCCUCAUCUGUCCACAGUAAACUCCAGAUGAAGAGAUCAGACUCACCAGAACCCAGCUGUGUCUCCAUGAAGAGUGAUGGGUCUAUGGAAUGUCCUCAUGUGGUCUUUAACAGUGGAAACCCCUCAUCUAUACACAGAAAAUGGCCUGUGACCCUGUCAUACCAGCUGGUUGUGCUUUCCAGAGACUUCACCAAUUUCUUCUCAAUGGCCAGCAGAGCAAGACUACUUAAACGUGUUUUACAGAAUGCAGAAGAUGGAAUAGAAAAGCUCUUCAUCACAGAUACAAGACACGCCCCAGAAUCUGCUCCUGGAAAUGAAGUCCAGAAAAAGUUCAAAUUAAAUCUGAUGAAGAAGUUUCAGUGUUUAAAUGGAGUGAUAAUAAAGCAGGAAAACCGAGUGCUCCUGAAUGAGAUCUACACAGAGCUCUACAUCACAGAGGGAGACAGUGGAGAUGUCAAUAAAGAACAUGAGGUGAGACGGAUCGAGGCAGUGUCCAGGAGAAAAACACCAAUCAAAUGCAAUGACAUUUUUAAGCCCUUAUCUGAAGAAGACAAACCAAUCAGAACUGUAGUGACAAAGGGAGUGGCUGGUAUCGGAAAAACAGUCUCUGUCCAGAAGUUCAUUGUGGACUGGGCUGAAGGGAAAGCAAAUCAGGACGUCCCCAUCAUAUUUCCACUUCCUUUCAGAGAGCUGAAUCUGAUGAAGGACCAAAACCUGAGUCUGAUGGAGCUCCUUCAUAUCUGUUUCAAGGAAACCAAAGAAACAGAAAUGUCCAGGUUGGAAAAGGUUCUGUUCAUUUUUGAUGGAUUGGACGAGUGUCGUUUCCCUCUGGAUUUCCAGAACACAGUGAGUGUGUGUGAUGUAACUGAAUCAGCAUCAGUGUGUGUGCUGCUGAUAAACCUGAUCAAAGGGAAUCUGCUUCCCUCUGCUCUCAUUUGGAUCACCUCCCGACCAGCAGCAGCUGAUCAAAUCCCCUCUGAGUAUGUCCAUCGAGUCACAGAGGUACAAGGGUUCAAUGACCCACAGAAGGAGGAGUACUUCAGGAAGAGGGUCAGUGAUCAGAGCCUGGCCGAGAACAUCAUCACACACCUGAAGUCAUUAAGAAGUCUCUACAUCAUGUGUCACAUCCCAGUCUUCUGCUGGAUUUCAGCUGCUGUUCUAGAGAGAAUGUUGGGUGAAGCAGAGAGUGGAGAGAUCCCCAAGACUCUGACUCAAAUGUACACACACUUCCUCAUCAUUCAGACAAACAUCAUCAGAGGAAAGUACUCAAAGAAGCAGGAGAGUGAUGAAGAAAUGCUUCUCAAACUGGGAAAACUGGCUUUUCAGCAGCUGGAGAAAGGCAACCUGAUCUUCUAUGAGGAAGACCUGAGAGAGUGUGGCGUUGAUGUGAGAGAAGCAGCAGUGUACUCAGGUGUGUGUACACAGAUCUUUAGAGAGGAGGUUGGGCUUCACCAGAGUAAAGUGUACUGCUUUGUUCAUCUGAGCGUUCAGGAGCAUCUCGCAGCUCUGUAUGUGCAUCUGACCUUCAUGAAGGAAAAGAGAAAUGUUCUUGUUCAGAGUCAGUCCUUUAAGAAAAUUUCAGAUGUACACAGGAGUGCUGUAGAUCAGACCUUAAAAAGUCGGACUGGACAUCUGGAUCUGUUCCUCCGCUUUCUUCUGGGUCUCUCACUGGAGUCCAAUCAGAAACUCUUACAUGCCUUAGUAACACAGACAGGAAGUAGCUCCCAGAGCAAAGAGGAAACAGUUCAGUACAUUAAGAUGAUGAUCAAUGAAAAUCUUCCUGCAGAAAAAUCCAUCAAUCUGUUCCACUGUCUGAAUGAACUGGGUGACGAUUCUCUAGUGGAGGAAAUCCAACACUACCUGAAAUCUGGAAAACAAAGUGAACUCUCUCCUUCACAGUGGUCUGCUCUGGUGUUUGUGUUAUUGACUUCAGCACAGGAGCUGGAGGAGUUUGACCUGAGUAAAUAUACCAGUACAGAGAAGAUAAAAGAUUGGGUUCUUGUGAGGGUGAUGCCGGUGAUUGCAGCAUCCAGAAAAGCAAUGAUCAGUUGUGAUUCAAUUAAAUGGAGAAGCGCUGAAGCUCUGGUCUCAGUGCUCAACUCAGAAACCUCCAGUCUGAGAGAACUGCAUCUGACUGUGAAGACACUGGAUCUGACUGGGAAUAAACUAGAAGACUUAGGAGUGAAGCGUCUCUGUGCUGUACUGGAGAAUCCUCACUGUAAAGUGGAGAAACUCAGGUUGUGUGGUUGUGGUGUCUCAGAUGAAGGCUGUGCUGCUCUGAGUUCAGCUCUGAGAUCAAACCCCUCACACCUGAGAGAACUGAAUCUGAACAAUAAUAAUCUGGGAGACUCAGGAGUGAAGCGUCUCUGUGCUGUACUGGAGAAUCCUCACUGUAAACUGGAGACACUGGGGUUGUGGGGUUGUGGUGUCUCAGAUGAAGGCUGUGCUGCUCUGAGUUCAGCUCUGAGAUCAAACUCCUCAUAUCUGAGAGAACUGAAUCUGUCUGAUAAUAAUCUGGGAGACUCAGGAGUGAAGCGUCUCUGUGCUGUACUGGAGAAUCCUCACUGUAAACUGGAGACACUGGGGUUGUGUGGUUGUGGUGUCUCAGAUGAAGGCUGUGCUGCUCUGAGUUCAGCUCUGAGAUCAAACCCCUCACACCUGAGAGAACUGAAUCUGUCUAAUAAUAAUGUGGGAGACUCAGGAGUGAAGCGUCUCUGUGCUGUACUGGAGAAUCCUCACUGUAAACUGGAGACACUGGGGUUGUGGUAUUGUGGUGUCUCAGAGGAAGGCUGUGCUGCUCUGAGUUCAGCUCUGAGAUCAAAUCCCUCACACCUGAGAGAACUGGGUCUGUAUGGGAAUGAAAUAGGAGACGCAAGAGUGAAGCUGCUUUCUGCUCUUAAGGAUGAUAAACAUUAUUAACAACAGGAAUUCCUGUUUUGAUGAACAUCUGUGUGUGUGAUGAAGACUCUGGUGUUCCUGCAUUUCCAUGUUUGGGAACCAGUGUUGGUUUUGGCAGCCAUUUUUUAUUUAGUUUUAGUCUUAGUCUUUUGGACAAAAUGCUUAUUAGUUUUAGUCACAUUUUAGUCAAUUCUAUCCUUGAUGGUUUUGGUCUAGUUUUAAUCAUUCAUUUUAGUCAAAAAAAUAAUUACUUUAAAACAUUAAAUUAGGCCAAUACAGAGAUAGGAAAUUGUAACUGAGGUUGACAGGUUGUGCAUAACAUACUCUCUACAUAAACGCUGUCUAGUGUGCAUGCUCUCUACAUAAACGCUGUCUAGGGUGCAUGCUGUCUACAUAAAUGCUGUCUAGUGUGCAUGCUCUCUACAUAAACACUGUCUAGUGUGCAUGCUCGCUACAUAAACGCUGUCUAGUGUGCAUGCUCUCUACAUAAAUGCUGUCUAGCUCUCUACAUAAAUGCUGUCUAGCUCUCUACAUAAACGCGGUCUAGUGUGCAUGCUUGCUACAUAAAUGCUGUCUUGUGUGCAUGCUCUCUACAUAAACGCUGUCUAGUGUGAAUGCUCUCUACAUAAACGCUGUCUAGUGUGCAUGCUGUCGACAUAAACGCUGUCUAGUGUGCAUGCUGUCUACAUAAACGCUGUCUAGUGUGCAUGCUCUCUACAUAAACGCUGUCUAUUGCAGACAUCCCAAGUCUCCCGGAAGUUCCGGGAGUCUCCCGCAUAUUGAUAGCGGCUCCCUGAUGCCCGCAAAUUGGAUAAUAUCUCCCGGAAUCUAGAGCAAACGAGCAAGAGCGUGCACGCAAAACAUUAAUGUCUGCAUCGCGCAUAUGACUGAGUGCGUGAGGGAGAGCGAGAGAGACUGCGUGUGUGCCUGUUCAUGUAGCGCAUGCUAGACAAAGAGCAUCCUGAUUUUGUAUGUCUGUAAACCACUCAUUUCAGGGAGGUGUUGUGACACCCCCCCGCUGAUGGGGGAAAAACGUCAUGCGUCACGACACCUCCCUGAAAUGAGUUUCUGCAGGUUGGGAUGUCUGCUAGUGUGUAUACUCCAUUGUUCACAGACUCGUGUUUCUGCCUCCGUUUAACAUGUCGCAAUGUGCUGAUAGAGCACAAACAUGUCAUGAUGAACACACAACUAAAAGAUGACCACGCUGUCCGUUAAUGUAAAUAUGAUGGCUAAACAUGCUGCUAACAUAGUAGCCAGGUGUGCUGCUGCUCAUUUAGACAUAUUCAGGCACAGCAACAGGUCUGAUAAGCUACAUUUCCCCCCAUAUGAUUCACAGUAACUCAAAUAUGGGUCAAUAUAUGACAAAGCAUUCAGUUGCUGUCCCACCAAAAAUCCCUGCAGGACAAGUUUUACUCAUGACAUGUUAAUUGAAUUUAAGUUAGCUUAACCAAGCCAACUUUAGCAUGAAGCUAGCGGUCCCAUUCAUUUUCGCCAGGUCACGGUGUUUUGGAAAACUUCAUAGGAAAUUCAUCACAGCCCGAUUGUUGAGUGACAUUAACCAAAGCUAGCAAACGUAUACAUGAUCUGUUAACAGGACUUCUUGUAACGUUAACUUACCGUUGCAGAAAUAGCAGCAUGAUGAGCCUUUAGAUGGCUCUUGAGGUCGGUCGUAUUCUUGCCACGUAGUUUAUAGCCACAGCGUGUACCUCUGUCUCCCACUACAAGGCAUUCCGUUUUAUUUUCUGCUGGAUUAUGUGUAAAGUAUGUCCAUAAAUCAUUACAUCUUUUCUGCCCACCAAGCCCUUGUGCUGGCAUUGCUGAUGGUCCAUGAACUGUGUGGCUGCCCCGGUGUGCACUGUGCCUGGACAUGCCUGGUGGUGGGCAUGACCAAACAAGGACAGGAUGCAGUGCAUUGCUGAUAUUUUCAGCAUUUGUCAGACAGGUUGCAUGCACCGUUGGAGGAAAUGCCAUGCAUUUUGAUAGUCCUAUAGCCAACCCACUAACAUUUUCGUCUUGUCUCAUCAACGAAAACAACAGAUACGUCUCGUCAUAUUUUCGUGAUCAAAGAGUUAUGUUUAGCUCGUCGCUGUCUCGUUUUAGUUAUGAAAAAAGGUGCGUUAACGAAAUCAUUUCAUCAUCGUCAUCAUUAACGAAAACACCAUUGGGAACAGGAGUGGAGGUGAAGUGCUGUUUGAGAGCCCUGAAUGCCUGGCCAGCCUCCGGAGUCCAUGAGAAGAGGGAGUGGCAUUUUCGAGUGAGCGCAGAGAUGGGGGCAGCAAUGGAGCUGAAGUUACGGAUGAACCUCCGGUAGAAAUUUGCAAAGCCCAAGAAUCUCUGCGUCUCCUUGAUUGUGUUGGGAACCGGCCAAUCCUGUACUGCUUUCACCUUCUUAGGGUCCAUGAGAAUCCUCCCCUCAGGGAUGACAUAGCCAAGAAAGGACACCUUGGGAACAUGAAAUUCACAUUUCUCAGUUUUAACAAAAAGGUUGUUCUUGAGGAGGCGACUGAGAACCUGUCGGACCUGCUGGAUGUGCUCGGAGGGGGUCUUAGAAAAAAUCAAAAUAUCAUCUAAAUAAACAAAAACAAAUCUGUUCAGCAUGUCAUGAAGGACAUCGUUUAUAAGGGCCUGGAACACAGCAGGGGCGUUUGUGAGCCCAAAGGGCAUGACCUGGUAUUCAUAGUGGCCAGUUGGGGUGUUAAAUGCAGUCUUCCACUCAUCUCCUUCACGAAUUCGGACCAGAUGGUAGGCGUUGCGAAGGUCCAAUUUGGUGAAGAUGGUGUCGUUUUGCAGGAGUUCGAAAACUGAUGACAUUAGUGGCAGGGGGUAACGGUUACGGAUAGUAAUCUUGUUGAGUCCUCUGUAAUUGAUGCAAGGCCUCAAGCCUCCAUCCUUCUUGCCCACAAAGAAGAAGCCAGCUCCGGCUGGAGAAGAGGAGGGUUGAAUGAAGCCUGAGGACAGUGACUCCUUGAUAUACUGUUCCAUGGCUAGGCAUUCUGACGCAGAGAGUGAGAAGAUACAACCCCUAGGUGGACAGGUGCCGGGCAGCAGGUCAAUGGCACAAUCAUAGGGUCUGUGAGGUGGUAGGGCCGCUGCUUUUCCUUUGCAGAACACUUCUCUCAAGUCAUGAUACUCGGGAGGCACUCGGGACAACUCGGGAGGGGCUUGGGACAACUUGGGAGGCUUGAGAAACUCGGGACAGGUACUUGAGACAAGACAGCUGGCAUGGCAGGUAGGGCCCCACUGGAGGAUCGUGCGUGAGCCCCAGUCUAGAUGAGGGUUGUGGCGAGUCAGCCAGGGGAAUCCAAGGACUAUGGGAAAUUCUGGAGACUGGAUUACAUGGAAUGACAGUUCCUCCUGGUGACUGUCGAUCCGUACAUGAAUGGUAGAGGUCAUUAGAUCUACAAGACCCCCACCCAAAGGUCGUCCAUCUAAGGCAGUCACUGACAGAGGGGGGUCAAGGCCAGAUGUGGAAAUCCCCAGACAUUGUGCUAGAGAGAGGUCCAUGAAAUUGCCGGCAGCACCAGAGUCAAUGAAGGGCUGGAGAGAGUGCCGCUGGUGAUCCCAGGAGAGAGUUACAGGAACAAAGAAGCCAGUGAAUGGGAGAUCAGGAGACGAUGUCACCCCCGUCACAGAUCUCCUGGGGCUGGACGGGGUUUGGCCUUUUCCCAGGAGUUCUGGGCAGGUGCUAUGAAAAUGUCCAGGCUUUCCGCAGUAAAUGCAGCAACGCUCCCUCAUUCGCCUAUCACGUUCUGCCUGAGACAGUCGAGUUCCCCCCAGCUGCCUGGGCUCCGGUCUUCCGUCAGAGGAGUCGACUGCUGGACUGCUACGGACUGGAACUGCUUGGUAAACGGAGCUUUUCGGGGCUUUGUUUCGUUCCUGCAGCCGAUUGUCCAGCCGGAUGACUUGAGAGAUCAACAACUCGAGGUCUUCAGCCUCCUCCCAUGAAGAUAGCCCAUCCUUGAUGUGGUCAGCCAAUCCACUGUAGGCCAUCAAUGAUUCGCUUAGCCAAUAGCAUGAAGACAAGUGUAACCCAAGAAAAACAAAAGAAAAUAUAAUGCUGAAUAGUGGCAUCUAGUGGCCAAGUAGAUGAACAGCAGGCUGAAAAGUCCACAGAACCUGACACCUACAGCCAGAACGGAAAGAAGGUGCUUUUAAAGCUUCCAAAGACGACCAGAAUGAUGAAAAAGCUGUUGGUCAGUAGGCACUCACACAGACGUUGGCAGGUCAGUAAACAGACAUAACUGAGUAAUUAACCGAUUAUCACUCACACACCAUAUUGACUGGCACAGUAGAUUGGGUCGAUGCCCUUCCUACACCCUUACACUGAAAAGCAGGAGCCUGAAUUUUGGAGAAAUUUUAAAUCUGUUUACUGGUGAAAUAAUGUGUUGGAUUUUACUGUUUACAGAUUUAACAAAAUGUUACAUAAAACUGGCUUCAUAAACUUCCCUUUGUUUGUAAUAGUUCUAAUGAAGUGGGAGUUUGAUUUUUUUUUUUUUAUGAAACCUUGUCUGAAUUUUGGGAAAUUUAAAAUAAAGAGAAUUUUUGUAUAAAAUUGUAUUAAAGGUUGUAUGAAUGUAAACCAAAACCAACAUUUUUUUUAAUCUUUUAUAUUUUUAGUAAAGAUUUUCACUUAUUCUGAAAAACUUGAGAAAAUGUUGAAUUUUAAGAUUUACUUUUGAAAACUACAUUUGAUUAAAAUUAUAUUUUAAAAAUCUCCUGAACUUGCAAGAUCAAGUGGAACCCAGCUGACAUAAUUAUAAAUGUACACCAUUGUAGGUAGAACAGCGCCACAGUCCCGCCUAAGAACUACAGAUCCCAUCAACCAACUUCCACGUUGACCUACGUCACGCCUGGGCGGGAUCACCUACGUCACUUCCUCCAUGAGCCCAUAAGUGACUCAACCACAGUCCGUCUAAGAACUACAAAUCCCAUCAACCAACUUCCACGAUGACCCACGUCACGCCUGGGUGGGAUCACCAAUGUCACAUCCUCCCUGAAGACAUAAGUUACUGAGUCAACUUCCGUUCUAUCUCUUUGGCUCUGCAACCACGCGGGAACAGACAUAAAGAGGCACUCUCUCAUCGGACCGUCCGAAACCACGACUUCUUUCUUGCAAGAAGAAAGAUUCAGCGCGUUUUUUUCUGUUUACCAUUGGCCACAGUAAAACUACUGAAAUCGUGCUAUUUCACUCAUUGAGUUACAACCGUUUUUUAUGUUUUUAUUAUUAAGGUAACGUUACGACUGCAGCCCAGAGCAGUUAAUUUAAAGUUAGAAGUGAUCGGAUUCCUUCUAACUAAAAGUACUGUGCACAUUGUUUGAUCAGAGACCUUCUUUACGAACGACGAAGCAUUGGACCAAGAAUUCUCUGCUUUCUACAGAAGUCUCCACGAGCUCCUGUGAACUUCAGCCUCUUCGUAGCUUCUCUGUAUUCCUACACAGGAGCAAAAUACUGAAGUAAGACUGGCAUUUUGGGCAAACUAGUCUUAGGAAUUAGCUUUAUGAAGUAGUGUGAAUUUAAACUCAGGAACGGUUUAAUUGUGUACACUGUAAACACUUAGGGUGUUGAAUUGAUUAUUGUUCUAUUUGUGUUGAUCUCUCAAUUGUUAAUAGAUAGGCUUUUACAUGCUCUUGCUAUCCUUUCUAACACCUUUAAUCUCAUGAUUACACAUAUUUUGACCUCAUCAAGUUUUCAGUGGAUUUAGUAAUGUUAUAAGCUAGUGUAGCUAGCAAAGCAGAGCUAAUUUUUUUGUUCCCACCACGUGGUCACACUCACCCAGAGUUUAUUCUUUUGUUUAGGCCACAGGCCUUACAAACACACCUUAGCUAGCAUCCCACGCUAGUCUUUUGUUUAGGCCACAAGGCCUCACACACACACACCUUAGCUAGCAUCCCACGCUAGUCUUUUGUGUAGGCCACAAGGCCUCACACACACACACACACCUUAGCUAGCAUCCCAUGCUAGUCCUUUGUUUAGGCCACAAGGCCUCACACACACACACCUUAGCUAGCAUCCCAUGCUAGUCUUUUGUGUAGGCCACAAGGCCUCACACACACACACACACACACACCUUAGCUAGCAUCCCAUGCUUGUCUUUUGUUUAGGCCACAAGGCCACACACACACGCACGCUCACCAAGUAUUUGACCAUAUCAUAUUUGUAUAUAAUGUAUUCAACUGCUAUUAUUCAAUUUUUAUCAUUGUUAUAAUAAACACAAUUAUUCUGUUAAA